CGUGGGAAAGGACUGCGCCAACCGCUCAAACCCAGAAAAAACGUGAAGAAAAUUAAUCUGUAAAACCCAAAGCCCAAGCCUGGGAGAGGGGCUUCAGUGCGCGGGGUAAUUUGCAGACGCUCCCUGCUGGCGGGGACAGCGCGACCUGUCCUUCAGUCCCGGACCUUCAGCCGGUCCUGCCGCGGCAGAUUGGAGCGGUAGUGGAAGCUGAAGUGGUAUCGGCGCAGGACCGGCUGCAGUGGCUGGUGCGGAGGUGGAAGCGCCAUGUCCGAGCCGCCCCCGCGGGGUGCUGAGCGCGACAUUUUCCGAGACACGUGGGUGCGGUACCUAGGCUAUGCCAAUGAGGUGGGAGAGGCAUUCCGCUCCCUGGUGCCAGCGGCUGUGGUGUGGUUGAGCUAUGGUGUAUCCAGCUCCUACGUGCUGGCGGAUGCCAUUGACAAGGGCAAGAAGGCAGGAGAUGUACGAAGCCCUGAAGCAGGUCGCAGCACCAGGGUGACUGUGGCUGUGGUGGACACUUUCGUGUGGCAGGCUCUGGCUUCUGUGGCCAUCCCAGGCUUCACUAUCAACCGUGUGUGUGCUGCCUCUCUCUACAUCCUGGGCACCGCCACCCGCUGGCCUCUGUCCAUCCGCAAGUGGACUACCACUGCACUGGGGCUUCUGGUCAUCCCUGUCAUCAUCCACCCCAUUGACAGAUCAGUGGACUUCCUCCUGGACUCCAGCCUGCGCAAGCUCUACCCUUCAGUGGAGAAGCCCAGCUCCUCCUGAUCCCGCCCUGGUACCUGGUCUGUGAGUUGGCCUACUCCCUGCUCUGGUCCAACUUCCUCCUCUUGCUAGGGGAUGUGGAUGCCUGGCUUUCUGGGGUCUG